AAGAGCUGUACAUCUUGCUUCAUGUCAGGAUAAGGAGGAAUGCUAUGAGCAGGUUUUCCCGGGCAUGCAUCCCAGCACCAGGAGCAAAGCCACACCUCUUGUUCCUGCCCAGCAAUACGUAAAGGUUUAAGCGGGAAGUCCAGCCCUUAAAAGACUCCUUCUACAGCAGCUAACCUCUGCCUCCAACAAACACACAGCCUUUUUCAGACUUUCAGCAGUGACUGGACUUUUUUUAUUCGUCUGUAUUUUAUUAGACCAGCUUUAACAGGAUGACUGCCACCAAAUCACACAAGAUGCGCAAUUUUGUCAUCGCUAUUCUAGCACUUUGGUCGAUCAUUUCGCUCAUCAUCAUAGUGGUAUGGGCCACCUCACCUGACUUGAAGGGGGCCAGUCAGUGUUAUGCCAAUCUGAAGAACCUCAAGGAGAAUUAUGCUGAUGAAAAAAACACAUGGAACAAGGACCGGCAUGCUCUGGAGGAACUGGUAAGGCAGGGGCGCACCAACCAGAGCCUGUUGCUGACUCACAUAGACCAGCUUAAAGACCAACUGAGACUCCUCAAUCAUUCCCUGGACUCUUGUCUGGAUCACAAUGAAAUGCUGAAGGACAACAUCACUGUGCUGAAGCAUGAGAUUGAGCUGCACAAAGCCACUGAGGCCAACCUAACUGCAAAUAUUACACUGCAGCAAGAAAUGAUUGAACUACUGCAGCAUAAUCUGACCCAGAAUGCCAUCAGCUUGGACUCGUGCACAAGUAUGCAGAAGGCUGCUCAGAAUCUUCAAAUUGCAGCUGAGAAGAAAACCGAGGGCUGCCAGGCCAGCAAGCAGUUCUUACAGAAGAAGCUAGAAAAGUGCAAAGUCACAACCCAGACUUCACCUGAAAAUGAUGGACCACCUGGACCAAAAAGUGCUGUUUUCUUGGUCGGGCUUUUGUCCAUCAGCAUCCUUUUAAUACCAUAGCGGAGCUACCCAGAGAGCUUGAAUAAAAUAAUUGGAUACAUAUUUCAGUACAACACUGUUUCAAGACACCCAAACGACAUGUGCAGUUAACCUGGACUUGAAGCACAUGUUACCUUUGUACGGAAAAGCACUGCUGUAAAACAAACAGGAACAUUCUGUUCACAUAAGGAUAUUCCUGCAAGCCUUAUUUACCCUUAAUAUAAUGGUUAAUUUUUUGUUUUGUUCCUGUGAUACAAAAAUGUUUUUCCUUCAGUAUCGAAUUCAAAUAAGUCUUUAAGCAUUAUCAAAGAUUAAGCCUAAUCUUAAAAAUCACAUUAAGCUUUAAAUUACGUAUAGUCUGGAGUCGGCUAUUAAUUUAUGACAGAAUUAAUUUAUAACAUUAUGAGAAAGGUGAGAGAAAUUGAUUUUACGCUUUUACGUCGUAUAAUAUAUUUCAGUUGUAUGAGCUUCAUUAGACUCAUCUGUUUGUGCUUUUCUCUUAUUGAUUACAGGAUUAGGGCAAAAACAAUUAUCAUCAUAAUCUGCAUUAUCUAUUAUUUGGAUCAUUUCUUGCUUCACAAACAAAAAAUAAUCUUGCAUUACUAAUGUAUUUAAAAUAAAGUUGCAGGCUGGCCUUGAGAUGAUACAGAUGCACAUUUUAGUCAUUUUUACAGCUCAAUGAAUUGCUAGGGCUGAUUUUAAAGGUCUUAAAGCCUGUUUAGCAUCUUAUUUGUCUAACACUGCCUGUACACACUCUCUCUCUCUCUCUCUCUCUCUCUCUCUCUCUCUCUCUCUCUCUCUCUCUCUCUCUCUCUCUCUCUCUCUCUCUCUCUCUCUCUCUCUCUCUCUCUCUCUCACUCUCUCUGUCACAAACUGUUGCAUUAAGAAUUUCUCCAGGCUUAAAGGAUGACCACAAUGGCUCCUCAUAUUUAUUCAAUCUCACUGAAACUUGCUUUUUAUGACAGAAACCCUAGAACAAUACUGUAGUGUACAGUUAAAUCUUUCAAUAUACUCAAGCAUAAAUGAUGCAAAAUUGACCAACUUUACAAACGCUGGCAUCUUUUAAUAUGAAGUGUUGGAAUGGGAGCACAAAGAAGCCACCUUAUCCGAACGCUUAUCACUUAGACAAAAAAGGUAACAUUUACUGUAGACUGUUGAACAAGUUGAACAAUUUGAAUAGUUGAACAAUUUGUACUAGUUCUCACAGCAUGAGCUCCCUGUAAAGUGCAGCUCUAAAUGCUGAAUGUGUAUCAGCUGCAAACUGAAUUUUUCAGAUGUCAUUUGUCCCCCAACUGUGAUAGAUAUAU